AUGAGUAACUGGUUGGGGUUUUCUCUCACUCCACACUUGAGGAUCCAUGAAGGCUUUGGUGGGGGAGAAGAUCAACAAGACCAUGGAGGAGGAGGAGGAGGAGGAGGCUUCACUUCUCAAAUGACCAUCAUGCCCUUGCGCUCUGAUGGGUCUCUUUGUGUUCCUCCUGCUGAUCCUUUCAGGCGACCCAAUGGUUCUGAAGAUUGGAGAUAUGAAAAUCACAUGGGUGCAACAAGUGUCACAGACCCAAAUGAUGAAGGGGGUCCAAAGCUUGAAGAUUUCUUGGGCAGCUGCUACACAAGCUCUCCCCCUCCAAGUGAAACCAAAGUCUACAAUUGCCAAAGUACCCAACAAGACCAAAACCCAGAAACCAUCUCUCAGAUCAAUGUUAAUGAGGCCCCAAACUUCAACACCACCACCAACAAUGGAGAAGACAACAACAACAACAACCACCUAAUUCAACCAUACAGCCAUUAUUGUACCCUAAACCCACCAAGCCUCAUCCAAAGUAAUGGCAUGUACAAAUCUUGGUUGGGCCAAACGGUACCGUUUUCUGAUGAAAAAUCAACACCACGUGGUGAUCACCACCAGGCAAAUGGCAACAGCUUUCACCAGUCAUCUCUCUCACUCACUAUGAGCCCAAGCUUACAACAAAAUGGUAAUAAUAUGGCCGGAAUCUCUCAAAUGCAAAUAGUGGAAAGCAAGAAAAGGCCUGUUGGGAAAUCUGCAGCUAGAGAACCAGUUCCUAGAAAAUCUAUUGACACUUUUGGUCAGCGAACUUCUCAGUUCCGUGGUGUCACCAGAAAAGAAGGGCAAACCAGGGAAAAGGAAGGCAAGGAAUAUACUAACGGUCUGGUAUUUUAUUUCGUGCGAUUUUCUUCUGGGUUGGUGGUCUUUCUUCACAUCUUCAACACUUUUGCAACUGCAGUUUAUCUGGGUGGUUAUGAUAAAGAGGAAAAAGCAGCAAGGGCAUAUGAUUUAGCUGCACUCAAGUAUUGGGGUUCAACCACCCACAUUAAUUUUCCUCUGAGUACUUAUGAGAAAGAGCUGGAAGAGAUGAAGAACAUGACAAGGCAAGAAUUUGUAGCCAAUUUGAGAAGGAAAAGCAGUGGGUUUUCAAGAGGAGCUUCUGUGUACAGAGGAGUGACAAGACACCAUCAGCAUGGAAGGUGGCAAGCUAGAAUUGGCAGGGUGGCUGGAAACAAAGACUUGUACUUGGGAACAUUUAGCACACAAGAAGAAGCAGCUGAGGCUUAUGACAUUGCUGCAAUCAAGUUUAGGGGCACAAGUGCUGUGACCAACUUUGAUAUGAGUAGGUAUGAUGUGAAGAGAAUUUGCUCAAGCUCCACCCUAAUUGCAAGUGAGCUGGCCAAGCGUUCGCCGAAAGACUCUACUCCGGCAGCAAUCGAAGACUUCAAUUCUUGUGGAUCAUCUACUUCUGCACAACCCCUUUUGGCCAUAGCAAGUGGUGAACCGUGUGAUGACAUGGCUGAAAUGGUGUGGAAUAAUAAUAAUUCUGAGGAUCAUUCCCAUUCACAUCAUGAGAAUUCAAACACCACCAACAACAAUGCAGCUUUGGGUGCUUCGAGCAGCAGGAACUCUUCAAGCCCACAAAGCCCCAAGUGCUCAUUUGGCCACACUAGUGAGUUUGGCCUUGGUGGAGGAGACUAUUCCCAUGCUUAUUUCUCAUUGCAGGGUGCUAAGUAUGAAGAUGGCAAUGGUGGUGGGAAUGAUCAUUCAAGGCUUGGAAAUCUUGGUCUGGUUCCACAAGUCCCUAUGUUUGCACUGUGGAAUGACUGA